GAAAUUAUCAUAUGGGUAUAUAUAAGACGAUGUUAAUAGACAAAAAGUAUCAAUCGCAAUCAGUGCAGUGUAUAAAAGUUUAACUACUUAUCAAAACAAAUAAUCAACAAUGAAAUAUUUCGCAGUGAUAGUACUAUUUGUUGGUCUUGCCAGUUUGACAAUGGCCAAACCAACAGAGAUUGAAUCUCUUGAAGAAACAUCAGAAGUUAAAAAUAUAAUACCACAAUCAGGCAAUACACGUGAUAAACGUGGUUUAUUAUUUGGUGCAGCUUAUACUGCUCCAAUUGCAACAGCAGCAUAUGCAGCACCAGUUGCCUAUACAUCAGCCUAUACUUAUUCACCGUAUUCAGCAUAUUCAGCAUAUUCAAGCUACCCUUAUGCUUAUGCUUCAGCUUACAGCGCACCCUACUAUUUGGCCUAGAUUGAUUCGUCAAUUAUUGCAUUGUAUAUCUAUUACGGAAAACCACAAAAUCAACCAUCACCAUCACCACCAACAACAACAACAACAAGACUACCUGUUUAUCAAACUUUCUACUUGAUGCAUAUUUUAACUUUACUUUGAUUUUUGUUAAAAUAUUAUACAACAAUCAUAGUAAGCAAUCUAAGUAACUAAUAAUGCAUCAACUUUUUAUUAUUGUUGUUUAAAAAUUUUAAUUAAAUUUCAUUUGUUAUUAUAUUAUAAAAUAUACUCAAG